CGUCCGCUGUCGUCGGUGGGUCGUCGGCCGAGAGAACCAAAGACUCCCGCGAUCGCGCUAAGCCUUUCUGGCCGCGGUCUGCAUGACGUCAAAACCCGGGCGCUUAAACUCCUUGGCGAGAAACACGCCUCCUAUCAACGCAGCCAGGAACCUCCAGUCGCAUUCACUACCACCACGCGUUUCUUCCUUCGUUUCCGCCGCCCGUCGCUCCCAGCCCGCUCGCAAUUCCUUCCUCCAGUAUUCGUGCACUGGUACUUUGCGCGGCACCUUACCUCCAGUCCAGCCUUCACACCCACUUGCCCGCUUAAAGCCCUGCCCCGCGAGCCGAGACUGAAUCACAUCUUGCCGACAGCCACACUGUACAACUCGUCCCAUCGACUCGUCAUCCUCCAUGCCAUGAGCGCAUGUCUGGCGAGGGGCCUCUGCCGCCGCCGCCGCUCUCCUCGCGCGCUGCCCGCUCUUGUUCCCACCCGUGCGCCAGCCGCGUCUCUUCGCCCUCUAGCAUGCCGGGGAACUCGGAACCUGUCCACCACCCCCGUCCUCACCAAAGACGACAGCGAUCCAAGGUUGAGAGACUUGGGCAAACAGAUAUCGGACGAGUUUGCCGUCGUGAGAGAACACUAUGACACACCAAAGAACCCAAUCGUCCUCGCACACGGACUGAUGGGCUUCGCCGAGCUGCGCCUAGGCUCGUACGUCCCACCAAUCCACUACUGGCACGGCAUCUCAGACGCCCUCCGCGCCCUCGCCGGCAACCCGGCCGUCAUCACAGCCGCCGUACCGCCCUCGGGCUCCAUUGAGGAACGCGCCGCGAAACUGGGCGCCGACAUCGCCGCCAAAGCCCGCGGCCGCUCCGUCAACAUCAUCGCCCAUUCCAUGGGCGGGCUCGACGCGCGCUACAUGAUUUCUCAUCUCAAACCCGCCGACGUGGACGUGAAGAGCCUCGUGACCGUCGCCACGCCGCACCGCGGGAGCGCGUUUGCCGACUUCCUCAUCAAUGGCCAGGGCCCCAUCAAGCUCGCCAACCUCUACGGCCUGAUUGAGCGCGCCGGGCUGGGCACCAAGGCGUUUGGCCAGUUGACGCGGGAGUACAUGGAGGGCGAGUUCAACCCCAAGACUCCAGACAGUGACAAGGUGAGGUACUUUAGCUACGGUGCAUGCACGAGCACACCCCCGCUCCUCAGCCCGUUCCGGCAGAGCCAUCGCAUCCUGGAAGAGGUUGAAGGCGCCAACGACGGGUUGGUUAGCGUUGCGAGCAGCCAGUGGGGCGACUACAAGGGCACACUGGUCGACGUUAGCCAUCUGGACCUGAUCAACUGGUCCAACCGGGUGCGGUGGACGGUGAGGAAAGUCUUGAUGGGACAGACGAGGACUUUCAACGCUGUUGCAUUUUACCUAGAUAUCGCAGACAUGUUGGCCAAGGAGGGGCUGUGA